AUGGGUAUCCUCUCUCAGAUUGCCUCCCAGGUCGUCAUCACCGGCGUGCUCAUCGGCGUCGCGCGCAGGGCCGGAGUCAUCACGCUCAACCCGCGCGCGAUCAAAGGCGAGACCGCGCGAAAGGCGUUCGAGGUGUACGUGUCCACCGCGGAGUGGGCGGUGAAGAAGGCCGAGGACGUCCUCCUCUCCUCCGCCAAGUCUCUCACGAGCAAGUGA